AUGGCUCCUACCAGAGAAAGAAGAUGGUGGACGAGCCAAGAAGAUGACAUACUCAAACGAGAGGUGCAGGGAAAAAGUACCAACCCCAUCUGCCCCCUUGUUACGCGUGCUGCCAAAUCUAACAAAGAUCUCCAUCUCCCAGUGCGCCAAGGCGGGAACGUCCAAAACUGGAACGACAUCGCCAUGUCAUUACCGGGCCGUACCAACAAGGACUGCCGCAAGCGGUGGGCAAAGAUCCAAGUCGAUAUUCGAAAAGGUGCUUGGACACAAGAAGAAGACGAGAGGUUGCAGAAGGCCGUGGCGCAACUCGGGUGCAAAUGGUCACAAGUAGGGGCCAUGGUUCAAAGUAGAAAUGCCGACCGACAAGACGUUAUUGGACGCGAUGGGAGUCUCAUUCUCGGCCGCAGGAGUCGACAUGCACAAGCUAAUGACUCGAAUUCCUCUUCACGGUCAUUACCGGAGACCCAUGACGAGGAAAUGGCCAGCAGUAGUCCUGACGUUAAUGAUGAGGACGAGAGUUGCGAGGGUGACGGUUACGACGUAUUUGAUGAAGGUUCCGAGUGUGAAAUGACCGACUCAAGCGGAAAUCAGAAGCAUCAGCUCGUGAUGGACAUGAGUCUCCUGUCCGAUGAACCAGUGGAGGCAACAGAACUCGGGCCCACGUCUACGAUCAUACCAGACUACCGUCACUCAGACACAUUCUUGGCAGUACCCGCUCUGGAGUUGCCAGGUACUACUUUCGACAUGUUCGACCCGAGCUGCAUAGGCACCUCAGAUCACUCAUCGGGGAAUUCGGCUAUUCAAACUCCGGAUAGCGAUUGGAUGUCUUGGCUCAAUUCGCUUGAGAAUGACACCUCAGUUUCGCUGGAUUCCCGGCCCUCAUGGUGGGAUGAAGGUCCCACUGAUCAAAGUUACUUUCAUGACUCCAGCUAUGGAAGUUUUGAUGUCAACACGGCUGGUAUUUCGGAUACUAUUCAUAUCUCAAGAGCAAGGAAACGUGUCAAAGGCGAGGCUUCUCCAAGAGCUUCUCUCGGGUCAGUGACUCGCGCUGAGAAUCCAUCGAAGGACAAUGGACAGAUGGGUCUUGUCACUUUGUCUCUGGACCAAGUAGACCCGAUAAUCGCCAACGAGAUAAUAGGAAGCGUCAUGAAGCACAGCGCUGGUCUCAAGAUCAACUGUACCGUCAAUAAUCACCCAUAA